AUGAUGAUGGACCUUUUUGAAACUGGCUCCUACUUCUUCUACUUGGAUGGGGAAAAUGUUACCCUGCAGCCGUUAGAAGUAGCGGAGGGCUCUCCUUUGUAUCCAGGGAGUGAUGGUACCCUGUCCCCCUGCCAGGACCAAAUGCCCCCGGAAGCUGGGAGCGACAGCGGCGGAGAGGAACAUGUCCUGGCGCCCCCAGGCCUGCAGCCUGCCCACUGCCCCGGCCAGUGCCUGAUCUGGGCUUGCAAGACCUGCAAGAGAAAAUCUGCCCCCACCGACCGGCGGAAGGCCGCCACGCUGCGCGAGAGGAGGCGGCUCAAGAAAAUCAACGAGGCCUUCGAGGCACUGAAGCGGCGGACUGUGGCCAACCCCAACCAGAGACUGCCCAAGGUGGAGAUUCUGCGGAGCGCCAUCAACUACAUCGAGCGGUUGCAGGACCUGCUGCACCGGCUGGAUCAGCAGGACAAAGUGCAGGAGCUAGGGGUGGACCCCUUCAGCUACAGACCCAAGCAAGAGAAUCUCGACGGUGCGGAUUUCCUGCGCACCUGCAGCUCCCAGUGGCCAAGUGUUUCGGAUCAUUCCAGGGGGCUCGUGAUAACUGCCAAGGAAGGAGGGGCAAACAUCGAUUCAUCGGCCUCGAGUAGCCUUCGAUGCCUUUCCUCCAUCGUGGACAGCAUCUCCUCGGAGGAGCACAAACUCCCCUGCGUGGAGGAGGUGGUGGAGAAGUAA